ACUCUUCUUCCGGUUCCGGUGGGCAGCCUUGCUCUUGGGCCUAGCGGUGGGUGUGGAGGAAGGAAUAGGGCGCCGUCUCUGGCAACGAGCGAGGCCCCAAGGCCGUGUUUCCUUUGCGGGGCUCGCUUGGCUGUCGUCGUCCUCCUCCUCCUCCGGAGUCAUGCCUUUGCUGGUGGACGGGCAGCGGGUGGAGCCCUCGCAGCGGCUCCGAGCCUUGGCCUUCGCCCACCGGGGCCUGGAGGAGCAAGCCAGGCGUCUGCGAAGCCAACCUGCUCGUUUGGUAGGCCCCAAAGGACUCCUCUACGUCCAGCAGAGAGAGUUUGCAGCCACCACUCCUCGGGAUGGUUCUGUUUCCAUUCUUGGAUCUGAUGAUGCAACUACCUGCCACUUAGUAGUAAUCAGGCAUACAGGUAGUGGAGCUACCUGCCUGACGCAUUGUGAUGGGUCAGAUACAGAAAUGGAAGUGUUGUUAAUGAUGAAUGCAAUCAAAAUGCUUUCUUCUAACACAGAAUGUGGAAGGUUGGAGGUACACCUGGUUGGAGGUUUCAAUGACGAUAGGCAUUUAUCCCAGCAACUUACCAACCAGCUUCUUAGAGCAUUUGACAGCUUGCAGGACAGCAUCCAUUUAGUGACUUUCUGUGUGACAGAUUUAAAUGACCGGCAGGAAAAGGGCAACCAUUUUCCGUUUAUAUAUGGAAUUGGUGUAAAUGUUAAAACUGGAGAGGUUUUCCACGCCACGUUUCCAGACAGGGGACCAGCUGAGGAUUUGCGUUCCGCCAGUAUAUUAACAGGAGCCAAGAUGGUUAACAUUUAUGACUCAAGAAAGGAAGAGCUUCGCAUUGGGCCUUAUUUUUGGAUGCCUUUUCCCCAUGUCGAUUUCUGGUUACAACAGGACGAUGAACACAUAUUACAGAAUCUUUCCACUUCGCCGGUAGCCGAACCUCCUCAUUUUGUUUCCCACAUUCGAGCGACCCUAAUGUACUUAAAAGAGCAUCCUUUUCCCGACAAGACCCUCUUCCCUAGCAGGAGACCAUGGAUUUACAGGAAAAACAGUGAUGGCUUAUGGGAGAGAGUCUCUACGGAUCAGAUCUAGAUGACUUAAAGACUCGAAGCUGAGAGAACUCCCCAAGUGCGGUCGUGCCAAAGAAGUGGGCGCCCUCCAAGCUUCACUUUAGGAAGAGCUCUGUCAAACCUACUUUCAUGGGAACAUAGUACCAUUAUCUUCAAAAGCUGAAUCUCAACAUAUAGUUAGCAAUGGCUUUACUGAAUUAAGAUUGCUGAAGAUUAGACAGUUUGUGAAUAGCCUUCAGGUGUUCUGGGCUGCAACUUCUACCAGACUAGAGCCUAUGAUUUGUGCUUGUUGUAUUUAUUUAUUUUGGUCUACAACUUCCAGAAAGUCUUCGCAAUCAUGGUUUUAUGAUGGUUGUGUAAUUCUGGAAGCUGUCUUUCAAGCAAUGUCUUUUGCACAUCGUACAUCAGACCUCACGGUGCCCAGGAAUGUUAGAUGUAGAUAUUGUCUUCCAAGCUUUUUCUGGAAGAAUCAAUGAGAGCUAACUUGGAUCUUGCUCGUGUCUUAUCCUGUGUCCACCACAGACUCCCUUCUGCUGAAUGGUGUCCAAACAUCUUUUUUUCCCCCCAGAAGCAAGCAUUCCCAAUCUCUCAUUAUUCAAGAUGAAGUGCAUUUUUGAUUGAGUUGGGUCCUGCAACAAGAAACGAAGUCUUCCCUCUGGAGCCCGUGCUGCGUCUCCUCCCUUGUGCCAUCCAUGGGAAUACUGCCCCAUCCUCCUCCUAUGUCCACUCAGAAUUAUUUUAAGUAAUGAUAUUUCCCCUGAGAUUGGGAUUGAGAAGUUAACAUGUCUUGCAAUUGAGCAGUCUUGACCACCACCCUCAGAAAUGCUUCUUAUUUUAUAAUACAUUAUUUGAACAUGAAACAGUUCUGUAUGUGAAGAAAACAUUUCAUUUGUAACCUCAGCAGCAUGUCUGUAAUACAAGUGCAGAUGUGUAUACUUUCCUUUUUUGUCUCCUUGCUGUUGUCUUUGAGGAGUUCUGUGUAAGUCAAGAGCAUGCAGAUGCCUGUAUCUUUACCUGUAUUUGUAUUUCAACUCUGGGUCCAGCAAUGAUAAUCAUGAUCUGAAGUUCUAAACCAGA